AUGGAAAGCUCCUCCGCCUACUCCGCCUUGACCCAAAACCGCUUUUUCACCCAACACCUUCUUCGCGCCUUAUCCCAACCCGAUCCUCCCCCAAAAAUCCAAUCAAAUUCCUUAUUCCUACGCUGCCUAAACUGUGAGGCUGAAUCAUACUCGCUCCCAAUCACCCAACCCGCGGAACAAAGAGUCGGUGAUCUCACCACUGCAUUGGCACAGACACUACGGGCCUACGACCAAAGAGGCUUGCAGUCGACUCACAGACGCGCGCGCGCCAUCGACCCCACGCAAGACGCACAGCGUACAUAG